AUGAACGUCGAACACAAGCGGGACCAAAGCCCCUCUGGUCUUCAUGUCGUGAUAGUCGGUGCUGGAAUUGGUGGGUUAGCAUGUGCGAUCGCAUGCCGACGAGCAGGCCCUCCAUUGUCUGUAACUGUCGUUGAGAGAGCACCCGAGAUACUCACCAUCGGCGCCGGCAUUCAUAUUCCACCAAAUGCAUGCAGAGUUGUUGCGUCUCUGGGCUUACUAGACAAACUCAAGCAAGCGGGAGGAUAUCAAGUGCAAGGCUUCACACUUAGAAGGUAUAAGAAUGGAAAUAUCCUUGUAGAGAAACCCAUGGGACCGAGGAUGAAGACCGAAUAUGGUGCCGAGUGGUUGGCAAUCCACCGAGGUGAUUAUCAAGGGGUUUUGCUAGAAGCCGCUCGAGAAGCUGGAGCCGACAUACUCACCAAUGCUGAAGUUAUCGGUAUCGCAAAGGGCAUCGGGGAGUUUUCCGGAAAGCAGAUGGUCGUGCUGAAGGAUGGGAAAAGCCUGAUGGCAGACGUGGUGGUAGGAGCAGACGGUUUGUGGUCCGGGGUACGCGAAUUUGUCCUGGGUCGCCCGUUUCCACCUGUCGAGACCGGAGAUCUGGCAUACCGGGGGACUUUUACACGCGAACAGUUGAAGUCGUUCAAGAAUGAAAGGAUCGACGAGCUAAUGGAAGCCGAGAAUGUGCAAGUAUGGCUAGGUCCCGGAAGGCAUGCCGUAUUCUAUCCUUUGAGGAAUAAAACGGAGUAUAAUUUGGUUCUUCUCGUCGCGGACGAUUUGCCUGAAGGUGUUCGAACUUCGCAGGGAAGCUUGGAUGAAAUGGCAGCAAACUUUGAAGGGUGGGAUCCAAUCUUGAAUACCAUCAUUUCAUGCCUCAAGUCCGCUUUAAAGUGGAAGUUGCUUCAUUUCAAUGAACUCGACCAAUGGACCAAGGGUGCGAUCACGCUUCUUGGAGACGCUUCUCAUCCGACAUUGCCGUACCAGGGACAAGGUGCAGCCAUGGCAGUCGAAGACGGCGCUAUCCUGGCAGUGCUCUUAUCACGACUGCAGAACCGGGGUCUCUCUGAUGCCCUCGGCGAGAGAAAUACGCAAUUAUCUGACCUCCUUCGCCUCUUUCAAGAUCUAAGGAAGAGAAGAACCGAGGUUAAUGUCGCAGGUGCCGUGGACACUCGACAUUAUUACCACUUGCCCGACGGCGAGGAGCAGGUUCGUCGCGACAAAGAGCUGGCCAGUCUACCAGAAAGCGCAUGGCAAGGCCCUUGCAGCUUUAACUGGGGCGACGCCGAUUAUCAGCAGAGCUUGCUUGGGUUCGACGUGCUCGCUGACGCAGAAAGAAGCUUCGACGAGUGGUCGAGAAGGAAGUCGAGAGAAGCGAACAUUUAG